AAUGCAAUGUAAUGUAAUCGAUGUAAACAUUAAAUAAUUGUGAAAAAUUAAUUAUUAAAUAUUAGUUAAGUUAUUAAAUAUUAGUUAAUAUGGCUCAAAGUGCGGCCAGUUCCAGCUCUUCCAGGCGAACUGGAAGAGACCACGAGGGCCCUCCUGGCGGCGCUCAGAGAUUUCCUGACACUGAAUGGGAGGCAAAAGAGUCUCAUCGACAGAGGGAAUUGGAAGAAGCCAGGGCCAGGACAGCCCAGAUGGAAAAAACUAUGAGAUGGUGGUCUGAUUGUACAGCAAAUUGGAGAGAAAAAUGGAGCAAGGUUCGAAAUGAAAGAAACAAAGCAAUCGAAGAAACUAAAGCACUAAAAGCCAAAUUAGAAGAAGCUCUAAAAGACACAAAUACGAUAAAAAGGGAUAAAAAUGAGCUGGAGCAGCAGAUAAAUUUGUUGAAGAAAGAAUUAGAAAGUAUGCAGAUAGGUGGUACUAAAACAGGGAACAAGUAUGAUAACCAUUUGUUGGAUGCAUUGGAAAGCGAUCUUAUUUGCGAUUUAGCACAGAGCAAUGCAAGGCCAAACAUUUCACAACUAGAAUUCGAAAUGAUAAACAACGACAAUGGACAUGAAAAUAACGUCGAGUUAAAUGGAUCGUCGGCUGGUCCAUCUGUGAUGAAUUUUAAGAACAAAAAUUGCAGGAGUAAGAAUCAGACUGACGAGUACAUUCUACAGAGUGGACUUACGAAACAUGGUGUUGAGCUUUUUAAGGAUGGAGCUCAUUCAGAGAUAUCAGAAAAAAUGGAUUCGAUGGAGAAGAAAAUGAAUUUUUUGAAGACACAAUUAGAGGAUGCGUUGACAAAACUCGACACCGAAAAAGAAGAGAAAUUCACAUUACAAGAAACGAUAGCUACAUUGACCCAAGAAGUUUCAGAAUUGAGAUCCCAAUGUGAACAUCUCACCAGUGAUAAAAUGAGUUUGGAAAGAGAUUCUGUCGGUUUCAAAGAACAAUUAAGAAUACUAAAAGCAGCUUUAACAGACGAAACUUCCAUAAAAGAGGCACUGACUAGAAGACAAUUACAUUUAAGAAACGAAUUGGAUAGGAUACAUUCAGAGCAUGAUAUAGAAUGGUGGAGGCGAGAACGGUGUGAAACUCAAAAAAAUGCUUUGGAAAGAGAAAAUGGCUCGUUGAGAGCUGAAUUGGAGGAACUGCAAAGCGUUUUAGCCAUCAGGGAUCAUGGUGGUGCAAAAUAUAAAAAUCUGCAAGCCAAGGAUCAGGAAAUAUUGGAUUUGAGGAAGGAAUUGGCGCAGAAAACAAAGGAAUUAGCUGACCUUAAACAUAUGCAUGGAAAAUUGAAAAAUUGCUACCACGACACACUGACUUCUGUUUCUCAAGCUCAAAGCCGGUCUGACCAGUAUGAAAAUGAAAUUAAAAAAUUGAGAGGAAGAAUAGAUGAACUAAAGCAAGAACUAUACAAUGCUGAACGAGAAGUAGAAAGCGCCACAAAUAAUAUUAGGAGACUUCACAGAACAAAUGAAGAACUGCAGGCGCAAAUUGGAGUUUUUCAGACUCAGAUGGAUCAAUUGCACAAUAGAUUGCAAAGCUGUGAUUCCCCAAGUUUGUUGUCAAUAAGAGGACCUCCGGAAGAGGCAUCUGAAAGUGAAACUGAUUAAAAGGUUCCAUCAUAAUCGGUAGAGACGUGUUUAAAUAGGAA